AUGGAUGCGCAAAAUAACUUAUUGGUUAAAUUUGCUGUCGAUAUAACGACAAGUGCUCCAGUAAAAUCAGGAUCGGAUUCUGCUGAGGCUGAGGUCGAAAGCAUUCAGAAUUGGUCGGAAGCAAAUCAAAUGACAUUAGAUCUUUCUAAAAGGGAAAUGGUUGUGCACUGUGGGUCCAUGAAACCAUUACCGGCACCGAUUGUAGGCAUUGAACGAAAGAGCUGGUUGAAAUUAUUAGGUGUCACAUUUCAGGAAAAUCCAUGUUGCUGGGAUCUUCAUAUCGAUGAUCUUCUGUCGAAGGCCAGCGGGCGUACUUGUACAUAUUGA